UGAGUCUUUAAUGCGCAUGUGCAAGUCUCCGUAUUGGAGGGGCGUAGAAAGGAGGCCAUAUUGUACAGUUAAAUUGAAAGAACGAAAAUAAUUAUAUCAGCGUGAAGUGGGCACUAUUUAUCGUAAUAUUUUUAUCUCCUGUCUUUCAACGAACGUUAGUUGAAAUUCACAGUUACAAAACAAGUAAGAGGAGCCAAUCCGUGGGCUCCUGAUAUUUUAUACAUAAAUAUAUUUUAGUAGUGUAUUUCGAUCGAGAGGGCAUCGUCGGUCUAUAUUACAGGAGUUUGUUGCUGCAAGCGAAAUGGGCACUCGAGAUGACGAAUAUGACUAUUUAUUUAAAGUUGUCCUUAUUGGUGAUUCCGGAGUAGGAAAAAGUAACCUACUAUCUCGUUUCACGCGUAAUGAGUUUAAUUUGGAAUCAAAGUCUACUAUAGGUGUUGAAUUUGCAACACGCAGUAUACAAGUAGAUGGUAAAACUAUUAAAGCUCAAAUUUGGGAUACAGCUGGACAAGAACGUUAUCGAGCCAUUACUUCUGCAUAUUAUCGGGGUGCAGUUGGAGCAUUGUUGGUAUAUGAUAUCGCAAAACAUUUGACAUAUGAAAAUGUUGAAAGAUGGUUACGAGAAUUACGGGACCACGCAGAUCAAAAUAUUGUGAUCAUGUUAGUGGGAAACAAAUCAGAUUUAAGGCAUUUACGUGCAGUUCCAACUGAUGAGGCUAAAGCAUUUGCAGAAAGGAAUGGUCUUUCAUUUAUUGAAACCUCUGCUUUAGAUUCUACCAAUGUUGAAACAGCGUUCCAAAAUAUAUUAACAGAAAUAUACAGAAUCGUAUCACAAAAACAGAUACGAGAUCCACCAGAGGGAGAUACAAUUCGACCCCAAAAUGUAGAACCUAUUGAUGUCAAGCCAACAAUGAGUUCUGAUGGAAUGCGUAAACAGUGCUGUCAGUGACUUACCUUGCUGCUUAAAAUAAGCAGUCUCAAGGAGGAAGAAUGGAAUAAGAUACUGAUGAUAAAUAUGGCAAGUGCAUAAUGAUUUGAAAUUUAAGACUAUAUGCACAAGUCCAUAAUGUCAUAUGUUUGAAGAAUUUGUAACCCCAACAACAUCAGGGUAUACUAUUCAUUGAUGCUCAUAUGAGUAUACAUAUUAUGCAUUCACAGAAAUAGUUAAAAAUGAAAAAAAAACAAGCAUCACGGUUAUGUAUGAUGCAGUAAAAGUGAAUACAUAUGCAUUAUUCUGUCCUUAAAUUUAUCUUUACCCUGUCUGUUUUCAUAUUUUUGAUCAUAUACGAGGUCUGUUCAUGUAACAGAGAGAAACAUAAAUAUUGUAUAUAUAAUUGUCGUGUAUAAUUAAAUAUAAUAUUAUUUGAUUCUUAUUAUAUAUACAAAGAAUAAAAUCUCUAUUAUAUGA